UCAAGGAGUUUUUUAGACGUCGAGUGCUGCCAGGUGUUCUCUGAUGACUUCACUGAUGAUUCAGCAACAUGUCUCACUACAUGCACAAAAGCGCUACGAUCGCCAUCCCUACGGACGAUCGAUAAACUGAAAUCGAUCAAAUCAUGUCGCUCAGACAACAAAAAUUAUACGUGUUUUCGCCGAUGUCAGUCAUUUCUUCGAUCCAGGACUACUCAAAGCGAGAAAUUCCCGUACUUAGCCGUCUGUGAUCUUGCCAGUCGGCUUCAGCCAAACGUACUGUACAUUGGACCGGCGUUGAAGGACUGA